AUGAAUGUAAAAGAAUCUGAAGAGAAGAUCAAUCUAUCAAAUAUCGAUCAAAUAACACCAUUAUUACCUUCAAUAUUUAAUGCUACAACUGGAUUAGAUUUCUUAAGAGUGAUUGAUUCAUUGUAUGUUAAACAACUUCCUUCAUUGAAUGAAGUUGUAUUUGGUAUUGCAUCUGAAGCUAAAUUUGAUAUUUUUAAUGAUAAAAAUAUACGGAUAUUACAAGCUUUAGAAACUUCAACAUUUUGGCAACGUUGCUGUUGUACAACUAGACGACGUUUUAAAUUGCGUAUUAUGGAUAAUAAUAAUCAAGAUAUUAUUCUUAUUAAACGUUCAUUCAAAUGUUGUUCAGGCUGUUGUUGGUGUGCUUGUUCACAAUGUUGUAGUCAAGAAGUGACAGUCGAAUCACCGCCUGAAACUUUAAUUGGUACUGUAUCGCAAGAAGGAAGUUGUUGUCGAUCUAUUUUUGCAAUCAAAGAUGACGAUGAUAAUCAUAUUCUUACUGUACGUGGUCCUCUAGUGCGUUGCGAUGGACCACUGAGCUGUUGUUGUGAAACUAAAUUUACAUUAAUUGGUACAGAUGGAAGUACAGAAAUUGGAGCUAUUUAUAAAAAAUAUCGUGGUUUUAUUGAAGAAGCAACAACAAGUGCUGAUGUAUAUUUACUUAAAUUUCCAAUGGAUCUUGAUGUUAAAAUGAAGGCAAUGUUACUUGCUGCUCUCUUUCUCGUUGAGUAUAUGCUCUAUUCAGCUGUUCCAAGUAAAAAUUAA